CUCUAGUCUUUCAGCGUUUUUCUUUCGAUUUUGAUUUCAAGGUGUUAUUGUUAAAAUGGCGACAGCAGCAGCAGGUAGACAUAGUCCAUUACAUGAUCGUCCUAACAUGAGUGAUCUGAGGAUUGUUCACUUGGGAAAGAAUGGAUCAGAAAACAGCCAAGUGGCAAACACUAUAUACGGUAGAGCAGCAUUUACCAGUAAAGCUCCAUCUCAUUGUGAGCAUCUCAGUGUGAGAAUCAGUGCAGAGGUGGAGGACAGAUACAUCACAGUCAUCAACACUCUUCUGCUGCAGCCGAAUCUCUCACAUCAGCAGAUAAUAGAGGGAGUGAAAGAGUGUGUGUCUCUGUCUGCUCCAGGACCUCAUGUGUUUGUACUCGUACUGCAGUAUAAGGACUUUAGAGAGAAUGACAGACACAGAGUGAAAACUGUGCUAAACCUCUUCAGUAAACAGGCCAUGAAACACACUAUAGUGCUGACUACUGAUGAAGAGCCACGCAGAUUCAUGCAUCUGUCUUUUAAGAGCACAAACAGUGCUAUCCAUGAUUUAAUAAAGGAAUGUGGAGGAGGACAUCUUCAGUUUAAUACAGUAAACACAGGAUGGCGCGCUGAGUUGUUCAGAAGGACAGAAGAGAUACUCAAGAAAGAACAUGAAGAAUUUCUCAUCUGUAACAUGUAUGAGGAUGAAGGUGAUGGAUCAUCAGUGGAUGGAGAUCUGAGCAGAUCUGGAGCUUCAGACAGAGGAGAAGAUGAAAAGGAGGAUUCUGAUCUCAAAGAGAGCACAAAAACAGGACGCGAUGGAAGAGUGACGACUACAGGGAAAGCAAAGCUGAACUUUGUGCUGUGUGGAUAUAAUACAACACUCAAGAACUCAGAGUCUAAAAUGUUUAGAGGAACAAUGAAUAAACAAAAGAACAAACUUUUACCUCAGAAAGAGAGGAGCAAUGUGUUUGUGAAGAAAGAGGAGAAGAUUCAUGGACGGCAGAUCAGUGUACUAGAGCUUCCAACUCUCACUCGGCUCUCAGAGGAGGAAAUAAUGCAUCAGACUCACUAUUGUGUGUCUGUCUGUGAUCCUGGAGUUCAUCAUUUCAUCCUCGUUACUCCUGUCUGUCCACUUACUAAUGAAGACAGAGCAGAAAUGGAGAAGAUUAAAAGAAUAUUUAACUCUAAUCAGCACUUCAUGGUGCUUUUCAUUACUGAACUCACUGUUGACAAAAGUGUGUCAGAUUUUGUAGCAUCCACAGAAUCUCAGAGGAUUGUGAGUCUCUAUGGGAGCUGGUACAGUGUGAUGGGGUUAAAGGACCAGAGAAACUCUGAACAGAUCUCAAAGCUGUUUGAUUGUAUAGACCGCAUGAAGACUAAACCCUAUUCUCUUCAGAUGUAUUUGAGAGCUCAAGAGAAGAGAGUCACACAUGUACUAGAGGAGAAACUGAGUGUGAGCGAUAAUAAAAUCAAAGAGUCACAGGAGAAGAUCAAGACACUGGUUCCAGAGGGUGUGAAGCUGAAUCUGGUUGUGUGUGGGAGUAACAGAGAAUUAAAAUCCUUCAUAUCGAAACUUAUCUUGAAGCAGAGCGAGAGAAGAUCAGAGCUCACCUCAGAGUGUGUGAGGAGAGACGUGGAGCUUGAUGGACGUCUGAUCAGUCUGGUGGAGCUUCCAGCUCUGUUCAACACUCAGCUCUCAGAGGAGGAAUUGAUGCAUCAGACUCACCGCUGUGUGUCUCUCUGUGAUCCUGGAGUUCAUGUUUUCAUCAUCAUUAUUCCUAAUGCUCCACUUAAUAAUGAAGACAGAGCAGAAAUAGAGGAGAUCCAGAGGAUCUUCAGCUCAAGAAUCAACAAACACAUCAUGAUCCUCAUAAAGCAGAAUCCAGAGCAUCAGACGGCAGAACUAAAUGAAGAAACAAAGUCUGUCAUUGAGAGUUUAGGAGGACGACAUCAUUUCAUUGACCUGAACAUACAAGCGUCUGUGUUGAUGGAAAAAUUGGAGCAGAUGGUGGAAGAAAACAGACAAAGCUUUUUCUCCUCAGAGAUAUUUCUGGAGGCACAGAUGGAAAAACUGCUGAAAUUUGAAGAAAUGAAGAGGAAAAUCCAUUCAUUAGAGACAUGGUUUCAGUCACAAGAUUUAUUAGACAGAGAAGAUGAACUGAGAAUUGUGCUGCUGGGAAAAACUGGAGUUGGGAAGAGUUCAACAGGAAACACCAUCUUAGGAAGAAACAAGUUUAUUUCAGACAUUUCUCAAACAUCUAUUACUGAGGAGUGUCAGAGAGAGACAGCUGAAAUCAACGGCAGACACAUUACUGUGAUCGACACUCCAGGACUGUUUGAUACUGAUCUGACUAAUGAGGAGAUCCAGAGAGAAAUCAGCAACUGCAUCUCCAUGAUCCUGCCUGGACCACAUGUUUUUCUCUUACUGAUUCCAGUGGGACGAUUCACUGAAGAAGAAGCAAAAUCAGUGAAAAUCAUCCAAGAGACGUUUGGAGAAAACUCAUUAAUGUACACCAUGGUGAUCUUCACCAGAGGAGACUUUCUGAAGAACAAAACCAUUGAUCAGUUUCUGGGAAAACCUGGAUCUGCCCUUAAAAACCUCAUUGAAGUGUGUGGAAACAGAUUCCAUGUGUUCAAUAAUAAUGAGACUGAAGACCGAACACAGGUGACUGAUCUACUGCAGAAGAUAGACAACAUGGUGAAAGAAAACGGAGGGAGUUACUACUCAUGCAAGAUGUUCAGAGAGAUGGAAAGAGAAAAACAAGAACAACAGAUGAAGAUGUUGAUAAAGAAAGUGGAGCAAGUAAUCAGAGAAAAACAAGAACUCAUGAAUAAACAUGAAAAAGAGAAAAACAGGAUGAAGAUAAUGAUUGAAGAAGAAAGACAAAAUCAUGACAAAGAGAGAAAAAGAAGAGAAGAAGAAUUCAGAGAGAGAGAAGAACAAUAUAAAAGAGACAUUAAAGAACGAGAAGAACAAGAGAGAAAGAUACGAGAGGAGAUGAAGAGAGAACGAGAGGAAUGGGAGAAACAGAAACAACAGGAAAGACAAGAAAGAGAAGAAGAGGAGGAGAGAAGGAGAAAGAAAGAACAGGAAAUGUGGGAUGAAUAUUAUCAGAAACUUAAACAGGAGAAAGAGAGAAUGGAAAGAGAGAAAGAAGAUCUUCAAUCCAAACAUGAAACAGAGAAAGAGCAAAUGAUGAUAAUGAUGAUAGAGGAAAGACAGACUCAUGAUCAAGAGAGAAAAAGAAGAGAAGAGGAAUUUAGAGAGAGAGAAGAGCAAUAUCAAAAAGAGGUACAAAGAGAACAAGAAGAUUGGGAGAGACAGAAACAAGAAGCAAGACAAAGAGAAGAAGGGGAUGAGAAAUGGAGAGAGAUAGAACAGGCAAUGUGGGAUGAAUAUAAUCAGAGACUUAAACAAGAGAUAGAGAGAAUGAAGAUGAUGGUGGAGAAAGAAAGAGAGAAUCAUGAUAAAGAGAGAAAGAGAAGAGGAAUUUAGGGAGAGAGAACAGUAAAAAAUAGACUUAAGAUUGAAGAAGCGAGAGCCUAGAUCAGUGAUCAGCAACAGGCCAAAACUGGCCCGCCAGCAAUAAUAUCUGGCCCGCACCCGCAGCCAGAUUAUUUUGAUAGCGGCUGGUCCUGAAAUAGAUCCGUCAUGACAGCAAUAGUUACUCACAAUCAGAGUAUGUGAGCGGAGCAGUGUGAUUUUGAAUGGAGCGAGGAGCGGAUUUUUUAAAAGUCGGAGCAUCGUGGUUUUCACUCACUCCACCACCGCUCCAUCACAUUUAUAAUUUAUGCCAACGACCCGUAAUAUAACUGCAUAUUUAGCAAGAAUUCACGUUGCUAUAAUUGCAAGUGAUUUAACAAAAACAUACACUGUCUAGGCCUACUUUUUACACGCUGGGUUAUUGUUUCAAUCCAAACGCUCGGUUGAGACUGUUCGUCGCCUUGGAAUUAUAAGGUUCUAUCUGCAUACUGAGUGGUUUUGAGAUAUUGAGCUUCAAAGUUUUUGCAUUCCAUAUAGCAAAAAUGAUAUGGGGAACAAGUCUCUUUCCACAUGAAAAUGACAGAGACCCCAAAUGUAUUCUAAAUGUACAAUAUCAAAAUCCUCUCAAAUUUUUAAAUGGGGAUUUUUGGAACAGGUCAAAUGCAGAUAGAACCUUCUAAUUCUAAAAAGUAAUUUCCCGCUUGGAAUUAUAAGGUUCUAUCUUGCAAAACAUUAAUUGAAGCAACAAUUUUUAAGAAAUACAAAUAUUUUUUUUUAUAAUUUGUUUUAAAACAUAAAAUUAGUGUUGUAACAAUGUGUCAACAUGUAUGAGAAAGGUAAAUUUAAUGCUUUCUUUAUCACAUUUAUUCCAUAUUUUAGGACAAAUAAUUUUUUCUUGCUUAAGUUAGGCACAAAGGGCAAUACUAAAUAUUUUGUUCAGUGCUAAUGUUAAUUUCAGCUGGAUUAUAGUGGGUAAUUAAACACAUUAUUGAGGGAACAGUUAAGGCAGCUAACGUUACUCUAAUCCAUCUGACCAGGACUUUAUUCCACAAAAAGUGGGAAAAUGGCAUUCUCUUUAAAUCAGUAUGGCCGAGAUAACAUGCUGACGUUUAUUGUCGUAAUUAAGACCCCAUCAUUUAAAUUGUUGACUAUUUGAUAUUUAAGGCUUAAUGUUGUAAAAUUGAAGACAUUUUAAGACUUUAAACUGCAUCAUUACAUUUCGCCAAUCAUUACGUAUUCGGGUCUUUAGCGACACAGACUUAUAUCCAGCACGGAUGGAUCUCUAAUUGCUGCAAUCUGCAAAACUCUCCUGAUAUUUUAAGAACAUAAAAUAAAUAAAAAAAGAAUAAAAUAAGCAUACUUUCUUACCUUUUGAAACUUAGAAGGGUUCGAUUUGAGCAGAUGAUUUUACCAUCACUGCCAUCGUCAGAGCGCAUUUCUCCAUUAUACAUUCAGCAUCUGGCUCAUAUUCACGAUCUCAAUAUAUUCUCAAAACUAUCGUUUUCAACAUCUUCAAAAAUAACAUUUUGAUUGCUAUUCACCACAUCCACCAUCAAAUGACAGUGACACUUAUAUUUCAUUAUGAGCAGUAAUUGCUCUGCAGUAAAGCCAUUCAAGCCAGUUCAACUUUUGCAGAUGAUUAUUUGUUUUAUGCAUGCGCUAAUUAUGAGUGAAAAAUCGCGUCAUCAUUAUGUUUUAAACAGUGCCACUUUGUGGAAUAAAGGUGAAUUGCACUUAUUGAUUAUGCAGACACGUAAUUAUUGUUGUUUAAUGUUUAAUCUUUCCUGCUAUUAAGGAGCAGUCCGGCGACAUGACAAAGAACGUUGAUCCUGAUUGACCCUCUUGCGUGCAUUCAAAGUGCUGAUUGGCGGAUUCACAGAUAGAACCUUAUAGAACCAAGUUAGAGUUAGACUUUGUAGAUAGGACCUUUUUGUUUUCUAAAUAAAAAGUCCUAAAAUGUACAAAACUUUUAAAAAAAAACAUCACAUAAUGUAAAUAAGUUGUCACAGAACAAGAAUAUGUGAAUAACUCAAUUUUGACAAAAAUGUCAGAUAGAACCUUAUAAUUCCAAAGGGGACGUGUUGGGUUAGGAAGCUGACUUGAUUUGACCCAAUUUGGGUUGAUAUGAGUAAUAAGUAACCCGACGGUGCUGGGUUAGGAACAGUGUUGCCAAGUCUGUGGUUUUCCCAGGGAAUUUUUACCAGGAAACACCCCUCGAAACGCGAUUGGGCUAGUAGCAAUUGGUAGGGUUUUGUUGUGAAAACCUGGAAACCCUGGAAUGUGGAGUACGUGAAAGAGAGCAUGCAACAAGUCACGCGAGUUCAAACGGUUGUGUGUGCGAUGAAAUCCGUUUAAGAUGGAAACAUGUGGAAAAUAGGAAAAAAAUAAUCGAAGCGCAAAGGAGGAACAACUUUGAAACUGUCUGGAGCGUUUUCCUUUAAAACUGGAACAGUGAAUGUGGUGAUCGGGAACUGGAAACAGCUGGAAUGGCACUUGAGACGAGUCUCAGUGUUUGCAGCGCUCAUGACAGGAAUGUGUGUCGAAAAUACAAGAAAACUAAUCGAAGCGAAGAGGACAGAGAUUUUUGAAACUGACUGGAAUGUGUUCUUUUAAAACUGGAGGGUUUUGUUCAAGUAUGUUCUCACAACAUUGAGCGGCGAUUGAAACCGGGAACUGUGAACUAGUCAAAAUGGUGCUUGAGGAUGUGGAUCAAAAUGGUAAAAUCAAAGACGGUAAAAUCCUGUCAGUUCGCUAUAAUACAUAGUUUAAUCUUGACUUUCAGUGUUUAUUACUGUGUUUUUAUUGACGUGAUGGUUUGGCCAUAAUAGUUUAACUUCGUCAGUGGGUGAAAAACAUGAACAAAUUGAACAAAAUCUUAAAUUUGUUCAUAAACAAGCUUUUCAAAAGAAUUUGGUUUAACUGUAUAAGCUGUAUAAGUAUGGAGUUGCUUUGCUUUUUUCUGAACUGGUGUAAUAAAUUUGUAUCUUUUAUUA